GGAGAAAAUGUGCGUUUUCUGGUGACCAACUUCAUUGCUACAGCAGAGCAAGCCCAGGGUACCUGUCCUGAGAGCCCCUCGGUUCUUGAUGCGAUGUGCACAGAAGAUGCAGACUGUCCCAUGGGAAACCCAGUGGUUCGUGGCAAUGGGAUAAAAACUGGGAAAUGUGUGAUGUUCAAUACCACCCAUUCCACCUGUGAGAUCUAUGGCUGGUGUCCUGUGGAGAAUAGCACCCUGCCCAGGAAACCUCUUCUGGCUGAGGCAGAGAAUUUCACUCUUUUUAUAAAAAAUACUGUCCACUUCACCAAAUUUAACUUCUCCAAGUGCAAUACUUUGCAAACCAAUGACUCCACCUAUUUCAAGAGCUGCAGAUACGAUCCAUUCUUCAACCCCUCCUGCCCAGUCUUCCGUGUCCGUGACAUGGUGGAGGCAGCUGGAGAGACCUUUGAGGAGCUCGCACUGCUGGGGGGGAGCAUUGGAGUUCAGAUUGAGUGGGACUGCGACCUGGAUCACCCUGCUGCCCAGUGCCAGCCCCGGUACUCCUUCAGCCUGCAGGACAGGAGGUACAAUUUCAGAACUGCCUCCUACUACUGGGACUCCCAGCGGCGGCUCUACCGGAACCUGCUGAAGCUCUAUGGCAUCCGCUUUGACAUCUCCGUGCAUGGCCAGGCUGGGAAGUUCAGCAUAUUCCCUGCUGCCGUGAUCUUUGGCACUGGCAUCGCGUUCUUUGGUGCCGCCACGGUGGUCUGUGACCUGGUUCUGCUCUACUUGGAUGCGAAGGCUGACUUCUAUUGGAAGGAGAAGUUCGAGGAGGCAAAACCCCCUAAAGGUAAGACUGAGGCCGCAGCUUAG